AUGCUUGGCCUGAUACGAGAUAUGGCGGCACAGGUGUCGACGGAGCAAGGCUAUGAUGCAUCGUUACAAGGUCACGACGAGGAGCAGAUCCGUCUUAUGGAGGAGCGAUGCAUUGUGACGGAUAGAGAGGACCACAUGAUCCGAGAUGGAAGUAAGAAGGAGUGUCACCUCAUGACCAACAUCAACCAGGGUUUGCUGCACCGCGCGUUUUCAGUGUUUCUGUUUGAUCCCCUGAGCGGAAAGCUGCUUUUGCAAAAGAGGGCCUCGGAAAAAAUUACAUUUCCAGACAUGUGGACGAACACAUGCUGCUCGCAUCCGUUGGCGAUCCAGUCGGAGCUGCAUGGCUCGGAAGGAGCUAAGAAUGCCGCACAGCGCAAACUUGAGCAUGAAUUGGGUAUUUCUGCGUCACAAGUGCCAACUGAUGCGUUUCAGUUCUUGACGCGUAUUCAUUACUUGGCCCCGAGCGACGGACUCUGGGGGGAACAUGAAAUCGAUUACAUCCUCUUCGUUACCGCCACCGUGGAUGUGCAUGUGAAUCAGAAUGAAGUGGGUGACACUCGGUGGGUCUCGAUCGAAGAGCUAAAGAGUCUGAUGAACGAGCUCGAUCCUCAGGCGUUCACGCCGUGGUUCAAGCUGAUUGUGAACGCCUUUUUGUUUCCUUGGUGGCAGGAGUUGAUGGAGUGCAAGAAUCCGUCGACGGGCUGUUUGGACGCCAAGCUUCUUGCACAUCGCGAAGACGACAAGAUCCAUCGUCUGUAG